GAAAGCUGUUUACAGAUCACUUGUUUAACCCGAGGAAAAUAUUGUUAUGUCAAACUGACGAUUGACAUUUCCGACUGGGAAAUCGGAAAUUCCGACUUCCCAGUUCAACUGGAACGCACCAUAACAAUACGCUGACGUAAAACCACAACCCACCAUGACAUUUCACCUUUGACUGUUUGCUCGCAGCAGUAUGGACGGAAGACGUGACCCACCUUGUAGCAGAGCAGGCCGUGAGACUUUAACAACAAAGCAGCUCAGUUUCGUAACAGUUACUGUGAAGGCGGAAGGUGAACUCGAGUUACGUGACUCCUUAACAGUUGUGAUGGCAGUUGGAGGGCUGAUGACUGCAGAUAUGUGGCUUUAGGGGCUCAGCGCUGCCCUAGCCGGCACCAUGCAUCAGAAAGGUGCAAUCCAAAUUAUCGAAUGGGAGGACCUGGACAAGAGGAAGUUCUACUCCCUGGGUGUGUUCAUGACUUUGACCACCAGGGCCACCGUCUACCCGGCCAGCCUCAUCCGCACUCUGCUCCAGGUGCAGAAGGGGAAGGCCCUCUACUCCGGCACAUUUGAUGCUUUCUGUAAGAUCCUGCGAGCGGAGGGUGUGCGAGGCCUCUACCGUGGCUUUAUGGUCAAUACGUUCACCCUGAUCUCAGGACAGGCUUAUAUCACCACCUAUGAACUGGUGCGCGAGUAUGUGUCCCAGUACUCGCCCAGUAACACGGUAAAGUCCGUGGUGGCUGGAGGCGCAGCUUCCCUGGUGGCCCAGACCAUCACUGUGCCCAUAGAUGUGGUGUCCCAGCAACUGAUGAUGCAAGGACAGGGGGAACACCUGACUCGUUUCAAGGCCAAACCGAAAAGGAUGCUCGCAACAACUAAGCGCAGACUGACGUUUGGGCAAAGCCGUGACAUUACGGUGCAGAUAUUCGCAGCCGAUGGUUUCAGGGGAUUUUACAGGGGCUACGUGGCAUCCCUACUCACGUACAUCCCAAACAGUGCACUCUGGUGGCCUUUUUAUCAUUUUUAUGCAGAGCAGCUGUCCUUGUUGGCACCGAGUGAGUGCCCCCAUCUGAUUCUGCAGGCUUUGGCAGGACCAAUGGCGGCAGCAACCGCCUCCACCAUCACCAACCCCAUGGAUGUUGUUCGAGCCAGAGUACAGGUGGAGGGCCGUUCAUCUGUUGUCGAGACAUUCAAGCAGCUGCUGGCAGAGGAGGGGGUCUGGGGUUUGACCAAGGGGUUGUCGGCCCGCAUCAUUUCCUCCACGCACACGUCGGUGCUCAUCGUGGUUGGAUACGAGACUCUGAAGAGACUAAGCCUGCGAGCUGAGCUCGUAGAGUCCAGACACUGGUGAUAGGACAAUGGGAACCAGGACAGCCUUGUACCGGAAAUUGCCUCCACACAGCCGGGCAGGAACUUUUCACACAGGAGAUAAUGACUCUGAUAUGCGUCCAGUCUCGGGGUAGCUGCUUAUGUUUAGCUGCUUUCCACACGCCUUUUUUAGAUCGGUGUUGUUUCAAUGCAGGUACGAUGCAGCAGAGUGCAUGUGGUGGUGUUUGUCUCACUUGGGAGUUAGUUAUCCCCUUGCUUUUUUCUGUUUUCUCAGACCCAUUUCUACUGGCCUUUUUUCCGCUAAACUUUGAAAAAUGAAGAUAGAAGUUAAAAACAUUUUUUUGCAUUUUGCCAAAAUGUUCCAUCUAAAAACAUGACAAAUCUUAAAAAUUGACUGAGGACUGAGGAAAGUUGCUUUUUAAAAGAACAGUAGAUAUCUCAAUUCUCUUUUUGAGUAAUGCCUCCUUGUACUGUAUAUUUGAAUAAUAUGGAAAAACUGCAGUAGUGUUUUUUUUUAAUGCCUGGUUAUAGAGCUGCUCUGCAGUAAAUCACAGUAUGUAUUUUAAAAGUUUGUUUUUAAUGUGUCACAAUCUGGAGACACAGAUGCCUUCUUUGGCCUAUUGAAAAUCUUGACGUCUGUUUGCAUUCCAGUGAAAAGAACAUUUUGUGCAGAGGUGUGAAACAUCUGCCAAGAAUCUCAAUUUGGUUUAGGCCUAAAUGAAGAUAAAACGAUUUAUUUCAUGGUAGCAAUGCUGUUGUUUCACAGAAGAAACCAGUACAUCUUUAAAGUGUGAAAAUUAAGCUAGACUUCCAAAAGAAGAUAUCACAAGAGGUUUUUGUGAAACCUGGCUCAAGUUUGACCUAAAGCCUUUCUGGAAUGCAUGUAGCGGUGUCACGUGAUUUAUUUUCCAGUAGUCUGUAAAGUCAGUGGUGCAGGUAUAAUGAUGAAUUCUACUUAUAAAGAAGUUGAUCAGACAGGUGUUUGUGCUUCUUUUUGUUCCUGUCUGUAAAUAAACUGUACAGAACAAAGUGGAGCUUGACAGAAAAGAGGUGUUCUGCAAUUGAUAAUUUUGUACAUUUUACUGUUCAGAUGAUUGGAGAUCAAAUCUGCAAUCACUUAGUUACAGCGCAGAAACCACUGGGCCAUUAACACACAGGGAGAGUAAAGGCCGCAGCAUCACGCCAGCAGACAACUAAACUCCAACGUUGUCUUCAAAAUUCAAGAAAUUACUAUUACUGCCAGAGAACACAUCUCAGCGAGGUUUGACAUGCAAACAGGGCAUAGCAAGACUCCAGUUUCUACAGGGAUGCAAUUAAUUUCUGCAAAGCAAAUUUAAUGGACCUUUGCCUGUAUGGAGGAAGUUCUUCACAUGUAUUUACCAACUACCUGCUGUGUGUAAUAUCAGUUAUUCAAAGUACAGUUUUGUGUGUGUGUGUUUUGGGGGAAUUUCUGCCUCUAUUGGACAGGAAAGCAGAGAGAUAUGAAAGGGGAGAGAGAGGGGAGAAGACAUGCAGGAAAACCAUCACAGGUGUGAUGUGAGAUGUGUUUUAAACUUGGACAACUUGUGGACCUUUCAUGAAAGUAAUAAAAGACUGAAUCACUG